GUUCCAUCUUCAGAGCAGCCUGAACUGUUCCUAAAGAAACUUCAACAGUGCUGUGUCAUUUUUGACUUCAUGGACACGCUUUCAGACCUUAAAAUGAAAGAAUACAAGCGCUCCACUCUUAAUGAACUGGUGGACUACAUUACAAUAAGCAGAGGCUGUUUGACAGAGCAGACUUACCCUGAAGUAGUUAGAAUGGUAUCUUGCAAUAUCUUCAGAACUCUCCCACCUAGUGACAGCAAUGAAUUUGAUCCAGAAGAAGAUGAGCCCACCUUGGAGGCAUCAUGGCCACAUUUACAGCUUGUAUAUGAGUUUUUCAUACGGUUUUUGGAAAGCCAAGAAUUUCAGCCCAGCAUUGCCAAAAAGUACAUAGAUCAGAAAUUUGUAUUGCAGCUGUUGGAGCUGUUUGACAGCGAAGACCCUCGAGAACGAGACUACCUAAAAACAGUCUUGCACAGAAUUUAUGGCAAGUUUCUGGGUCUUAGAGCAUUUAUCCGAAAACAGAUUAAUAAUAUUUUUCUACGAUUUGUUUAUGAAACUGAACACUUCAAUGGCGUAGCUGAACUGUUGGAAAUUUUAGGAAGUAUUAUCAAUGGUUUUGCUUUACCUCUUAAGGCAGAGCAUAAACAGUUUCUGGUGAAGGUGCUGAUCCCUUUACAUACUGUGAGGAGUUUAUCACUCUUCCAUGCACAGCUGGCGUAUUGCAUAGUACAGUUUCUGGAGAAAGACCCCUCACUCACAGAACCGGUCAUUAGAGGUUUAAUGAAAUUCUGGCCAAAAACCUGCAGUCAGAAAGAGGUCAUGUUCCUAGGAGAGCUGGAGGAAAUCUUGGAUGUAAUCGAACCAUCACAAUUUGUCAAAAUCCAGGAACCCUUGUUUAAACAGAUUGCCAAGUGUGUCUCUAGCCCUCAUUUUCAGGUGGCCGAAAGAGCACUGUAUUACUGGAAUAAUGAAUACAUCAUGAGUUUGAUAGAGGAGAAUUCAAAUGUUAUACUUCCCAUCAUGUUUUCCAGCCUUUAUAGGAUUUCUAAAGAACACUGGAAUCCGGCUAUUGUGGCUUUAGUCUACAAUGUGUUGAAGGCAUUUAUGGAAAUGAACAGCACCAUGUUUGACGAGCUGACAGCCACUUACAAGUCAGAUCGUCAGCGUGAGAAGAAGAAAGAGAAAGAGCGUGAAGAACUGUGGAAAAAACUGGAGGAUUUGGAAUUAAAGAGAGGUCUUAGACGUGAUGGAAUAAUUCCAACUUAACAAAAAUACAAAACAGCAUUAUUAACCUGUGGAGUCACACAUUUAUGUAGUAGAAGAUGGAGCAACAGUUUUCUGUAUUGUGCAACUUUACAGUAGAUUUCACAUUUGUUUCAUUAUUACAACAGCACUGUAUAUACCUGUCUCUAAGUAAAGGAAAAAAAUAAGGACUUUAAUCCAAAGUUUGGACAGCAGAUGGACUUCUCAGAACUUUGCAAACAUAAUCAUUGUUUUAACCCUUCUUUAAAACCAGUCUUCAAAGAUCUGUUGAUGAAAAUUGCGAUGUCAAAUUCCAUUGUCAGGACCUGUUCCUUAUUUAUCGUUAGCAGAGAGUGUAAUACAACUUUCAAAUGUGAACAAUCUUAAAAUUUAGCUUGUCUUUCUGCUAAACUGUUAAGUGUAUUUAUAGUAAAGGAGAAAAAAAGACUGUCAUUUCCUUAUGAGUUUGUGUAACAUCCUCCUUCUCUGGAUAACUUUACUGUAAUUUGACUUUUUUUCCUUUUGCACAUCUUCAUAAGUUGAAUGUCCAUUCAGAUCAGGGCCAUGAAAAACAUAGGUCCUGAAUAAAGUUUUGUUUACUGGUGUGAGCAUUUUUUUAGUACCAGGAUGUCUCUGGUGCUUCCUUAAUUUGAACAUUAGGAGUUAAACAACAAGUAGGUGAUAAACAUAGUAGGAAAGGGAGCUUUGGAUUCAUGCACCUAUUUAUUGCAAAUCCAAAUUAGUGUCCACAAUCCUUUAAAAAUGGGCAAUGGUAACACCCUGGACUUCAGUACCUAACCAGUAUUAGUGAUAAGGCAUUGGACACACAUACCGGAGUUGUUUUAGAAAUACUAAUUGCUAAAUUAUUACAGUAUGUUUUUAUUGGACCAUUUUGAAAGGAUAAAGACAAACGCUAAACAGUGCAGGCAUGAAAUUGAUCUCCAGUGGUCAUGGAUCUAAUUGGAAAUAGAGUUGAGAUAGCAGUUUGGACUGUUUGGAGUUGUUGCCUUACUUUUUAAUAUGUAUUUAUAAAGUGUUCCAGCAAAAGAGGAUGUAGCCUCUAAGAAACAUACUAUAGUGGUUUUGUGGUUCUAGUACUAUUACUCAUCACAGUACCAGCCCUAUGGUCUUAGCUGGAAAGGAUUCUGGAUAAUAUACUUCUGCAUUCUCAUCUGGAUGCUCAUUCCUAACUACUGUAUUUGUUACCAAAAGUGGUUCUACAAAUGCUACUGAAAAAAAUUCUGGAAAUCCUAAUGUUCUGAGUAUUAAUAAUAAAGUUUAAAAUGCUUUUAUAUCAAA